UUCUCUCUCUCUUUGUCUGUCCUUGUGACAGAAAUACCCACAAAAGGGUCUAAGAAAAGAACAUCAAAACCUGGCUCUUGAGUAUCAUCGCUCAAACUUCAAUGGAAACCAACAAACAGCAGAAGAAAAAAAAGUGGCUUAUGCCACUGGUUUUCUCUCUACUAUUAUCCACCUUGCUCAUACUCAUUUACAUAUUCGUUUCCUCCGAUUCCUCUUCCUUGCUCUACCUCUACCGUGCACGAUUGAGAGCUGAGGUUCCUGAUUUCGUUGAGUCAAAGCUGAGGGUGUCUUCAACAUCAUCGAGCAACACUAUUCCCAGGAUCGCGUACUUGAUCUCGGGUUCAGUGGGUGAUGGGGAUAGUUUGAAGAGGACCCUCAAGGCCCUUUACCAUCCAAGGAACCAAUACGCUGUGCACUUGGACCUAGAAGCUUCUCCACAGGAAAGAUUGAACCUUUUUAACUUCGUGAGGAACGAGCCUCUCUUUGCUGAAUUGGGUAAUGUUAGGAUGGUUGUGAAGGCCAACUUGGUCACUUAUAGAGGACCAACCAUGGUCACCAAUACCCUUCACGCUGCUGCCAUUUUGUUCAAGGAAGGUGGAGACUGGGAUUGGUUCAUCAAUCUCAGCGCUUCUGAUUAUCCCUUGGUCACCCAAGAUGAUCUGCUACAUACACUAUCAUCUAUUCCGAGACACCUUAACUUCAUUGAGCACACAAGUGAUAUUGGCUGGAAAGAAGAUCAGAGAGCCAAGCCUGUUAUAAUUGAUCCAGCUCUUUAUAGUGUCAACAAAUCUGAUGUAUUUUGGGUGACAGAGAGAAGAAGUGUUCCCACAGCAUAUAGGCUGUUUACAGGUUCUGCCUGGAUGAUGCUCUCUCGCCAGUUUGUUGAAUAUUGUUUAUUGGGAUGGGAUAACUUGCCUAGAAUAGUCUUGAUGUAUUAUGCAAACUUUCUAUCUUCCCCUGAAGGGUAUUUUCACACAGUCAUCUGCAAUGCUGAGGAGUUCCGUAACACAACCGUGAACCAUGACCUCCAUUUCAUAUCGUGGGACAACCCUCCAAAACAACAUCCACACUUCCUUUCAGAAAAUAACUACCAGAGCAUGGUGGAGAGCAAUACUCCUUUUGCUAGGAAAUUUGGCAGGAACGAACCACUCUUGGAUAAGAUUGAUACUGAACUCUUGGGGCGAAAUGCCCAUGGUUAUGUACCUGGCAGGUGGUUCAUCCAAGCAAAUCCAAACAUCACCAAGCCAUAUUCUUUUAUAAGAAAUAUCACUGAACUUAGGCCCGGCUCGGGGGCAGAAAGGCUUAAACGCCUUAUAAAUGGUUUAUUAUCAGCAGAAGAUUUUCAGACAAAGCAGUGCUCUUGACACACCUGUUAUGCUCCUUGCUGCUUUUGCAUCACCCAACCAGCAACAGGAAAACAAUUGCUAUGUCCAGUGUACACCUGAACUUGCUUUGAGACCCAACAGGAAAGAUGAGAAAGAACCAAAAAAAGGAUCACCUCUUCAGAAACACGGUUUACCUUCGACUAUUAUUUUUACACUAAUUUUAACAUGAACACAAAUUUUUUAAUCCAUAUAUGUAUCAAUUGGUUCACAUGAUUUAUUAAAUUUUACUGGAUGACAGUGUCAAGUCAUCAAUGCAAUUGUUGUACUCUGUAGGAUGUCUUUAUAGGAAAUGAGAUUCAAUUAUAUAAUACACGGGCAGGACAAGCCCGUGAAAAAUACUCACCAAGUCUUUUCUUCAAGGACAUGCCCAAGUAGCUGCGGUAUAUCCUGUCUAGUCUUUUCCCUCCUCUUCUUAUUCUUUUUCUUUAUUUUUAUUUUGAGUUAUGACCUUCAUGAGUUUAUGUAUAAAGGACCAGUAAUUCGUAUUUGGAUUUUAUUUUCAUGAGUUAUUUUCAUGC